AUGGCCCCGGGGCUCAGUCCUUCCCCACAAGUUGUGGUUCUGCUCCUGUCCCUGCUAGGUCUGGCUGCUGCUGGGAAGCUCCUGGUGCUGCCGGCAGACGGGAGCCACUGGCUCAGCAUGCGGGAGGUGGUGGACAUGCUCCAGCAGAAGGGACAUGAGGUGGUCGUGGUGGCACCUGAAGUCACUAUGCGCAUCAAGACAUCAAAGAGUUUUGUGAUGAAAGUGUACUCGGUCCCUUACACAGAGGAAGAUUUGAAGAAAGAAUUCCAGGCAUUUUUUCAUUUUUCAUUUGAACAAGGAUCUUUUCUGGAAAGAUUUGUUAAAGCAUACCAAGGUAUUAAAAGAAUCACGAAUUUUGGGGUAACCAGCUGUGGACAUCUCCUGCAAAACAAGGAGCUCAUCAGGUACCUUGAGGAGAGCAAGUUUGAUGCUGUCCUUACAGACCCUGUCCUACUGUGUGGGGCGAUCCUGGCGAAGCAUCUUUCACUUCCUUCUGUGUAUUUCUUACGAGGAAUCCCGUGUGGGUUAGAUUUUGAUGCCACUCAGUGUCCCAGGCCCCCCUCCUAUGUCCCCAGGGGAUUUACACAACUUACAGACCACAUGACCUUUCUCCAGCGGGUGAAGAAUCUACUUCAUGACAUCCCAGAUAUUUUUCUCUGUGAUUUUGCCUUUGAACCCUACUCAAAACUUGCUUCUGAGUUCCUCCAGAGGGAUGUGACUGUGCAGGAUCUCUUACGCCAGGCUUCAGUUUGGCUCUUGAGGUCAGAAUUUGUUUUAGAGUAUCCAAGGCCUUUGAUGCCCAACAUCAUUCCAAUUGGAGGAGUAAAUUGUGCUCACAAGGAGCUGUCUCAGGAUUGUUGUGAUGAGUUCAGGGAUCAUAAAGCCCAAUAA